AUGAACAUCGACGUAGAGUUCCACAUCCGCCACAACUAUCCUUGGAGCAAGCUGCCAGCCAACGUCCGACAGGGUCUUGGAAAUUCACAGAGGGAAUAUGAAAAGCAAGUUGUGCUCUAUAGUAUCCGAAAUCAGUUACGAUACAGAAAUAACUUAGUUAAGCAUGUCAAGAAGGAUGAACGCAAAUAUUAUGAGGAAUUGUUAAAAUACAGUCGAGAACAUCUCAUGUUGUACCCUUACCAUUUAUCAGAUAUUAUGGUAAAGGGUUUGAGGAUAACACCAUUUUCUUAUUAUACUGGGAUUAUGGAGGACAUAAUGAACAGUGAAAAAAGCUAUGAUUCAUUGCCUAAUUUUACUGCUGCUGACUGUUUAAGGCUUCUUGGCAUAGGAAGAAAUCAGUAUAUUGACCUUAUGAAUCAGUGCAGAUCAUCAAAAAAAUUUUUCAGAAGGAAAACUGCCCGUGAUCUUCUGCCAGUGAAGCCUGUAGAAAUUACCAUAGAGGCAUGGUGGGUUGUUCAGGCUGGUUACAUCACAGAAGAUGAUAUAAAGAUAUGCACUUUGCCUGAGAAAUGUGCUAUUGAUAAGAUCAUCGAUUCAGGUCCUCAACUAUCUGGAUCUCUAGACUACAGUGUGGUACACAGUUUAUAUAACAAAGGAUUUAUUUAUCUUGAUGUACCCAUUUCUGAUGAUAGUUGCAUUGCAGUACCACCGCUUGAAGGAUUUGUAAUGAACCGUGUCCAAGGUGAUUAUUUUGAAACUCUACUCUACAAGAUAUUUGUUUCAAUAGAUGAACACACUAAUGUUGCAGAGCUUGCAAAUGUCCUUGAGAUAGACUUAUCACUAGUGAAGAAUGCGGUUUCCAUGUACUGUCGAUUAGGUUUUGCCCAUAAGAAAGGACAAGUAAUUAAUUUGGAUCAACUUCAUUCAUCGUGGCGGAAUGUUCCUUCUGUAAACCGAUUAAAGAGUACUUUAGACCCACAAAAGAUGCUCCUUUCAUGGGAUGGUGGGGAGAGUAGGAGUCCUGUGCAAGAAGCUUCUUCAGCAACUGAUACAGACACAAAUAGUCAAGAAGAUCCAGCUGACACAGCCAGCAUAAGCAGCUUGAGUCUGUCUACAGGAUACACGAAGCGAAUUGCCUUCCUAUUUGAUUCAACUCUUACUGCCUUUUUAAUGAUGGGAAACCUUUCACCAAACUUGAAAAGUCAUGCAGUCACUAUGUUUGAAGUUGGGAAACUAUCAGAUGAAUCUCUGGACAGCUUCCUUGUCGAACUUGAAAAGGUUCAGAGUACUGGUGAAGGAGAAGCACAAAGAUAUUUUGAUCAUGCACUCACUCUGAGAAACACGAUAUUGUUCUUACGACACAACAAAGAUCUAGUUGCACAAACGGCACAGCCAGAACAACUUAAUUAUGGUUUUCCUUUGGAUCUUUUACGAUGUGAAAGCCUUCUUGGUUUGGAUCCUGCCACAUGUAGUAGAGUAUUAAACAAAAAUUAUUCUCUACUUGUUUCCAUGGCUCCCCUCACCAAUGAAAUUCGACCAAUCAGCAGCUGUACUCCCCAGCAUAUUGGACCAGCUAUCCCAGAAGUCAGUUCGGUCUGGUUUAAAUUAUAUAUUUACCAUAUUACUGGGCAAGGACCACCAUCUCUCUUACUUUCUAAAGGUACAAGACUUCGAAAACUUCCAGAUAUAUUUCAGGGUUAUGAUCGCUUAUUAAUAACUUCUUGGGGUCAUGAUCCUGGAGUAGUUCCUACUUCGAAUGUGCUUACAAUGUUGAAUGAUGCUUUAACACAUUCUGCAGUUUUAAUUCAGGGCCAUGGCAUGCAUGGGAUGGGCGAAAUCAUGCAUAUACCUUUCCCAUUUGAUGAAUUGGAACUGCAAGGAGAAUUGACUCGAGCCAAUCUAGGUGUUCAUAAAGCUCUGCAGACAUUACGGGAGAAAGUGGACUUGGAACACCUCUGUGGCUAUGUCACCAUGUUGAAUGCUUCCAGCCACCAUGCUGCCAGCAGAAAACUCAGUGAUGCCUCUGAUGAAAAAGGUGAACCUGAUUUGGCUUCAGGAUCAGAUGUAAAUGGAAGCACAGAAUCAUUUGAAAUGGUUAUUGAAGAGUCUGUAGAUUCAACAACAAAGCAGAAUGUUGAUGCUACAACAGAAGUUGAGUGGGUUCCUCUUGAGCUCUGCUUUGGAAUUCCACUAUUUAGUUCUGAAUUGAAUCGCAAAGUCUGUAGGAAAAUUGCUACACAUGGGCUUUGUAGGAAAGAAAGCCUUCAGAAACUCUUACAUUCCAGUAGAAAACUCUCUCUCCAUGUCCUUAAUUUUGUUCAUUCAUUCCAGGAAGGAAUUUCAACCUUGGACUUACAUACCGAGGCCAGUUUUUCAACUAUGUUUUCACAGCCACCUUCUGCUGAAUUGGGUGUUCCACUUCCUGCAAAGAACUUAAUAUUUAAAGAUGGUAUCUUAUCUGAGUGGAAUGGACGUUCCCCUUCCUCAGUACUUAUUGCAAAUGUCAAUUUGCAAUAG